GACAAUUACCAGACACAAUAAAAGGGCGAGGUUGAGAAAGAAUCAUUCCUUGCUUGAGCUUGCAAGACUGUUUUGCGCUUUAAUACCCUUCUGGGUAUGUGAGCUAUGCCUGUUCCUGUUGUGUUCAAAUCUUAUAUGUUACGGUACGGACUCUUUAACUGUGCAACACUUUUCCCCAUGUUAGGGAGAAAUUAUAUAUCACGAUGGAGCAAAUUGCUUGAUUCCAAGCUUUUCUACACAUGGACAUGUUGCUGAUUAUUGGGUCUGACCAUAGGCUACGCAUGGCAAGAAUACAGUUGUUAUUCAUUUUUUGUAUUAUUUGUUUGCCAAUGGAAGUCAUCGGUAAGACUGGAAAUGCCAGUGCUUCUUCACCGAGACCUAGUGUUGUGAAUAUUGGAGCUCUAUUUACUAUUAAUUCUGUAAUUGGGAGAGCAGCUAAGCCAGCAAUUGAAGCUGCAGUUGAUGAUGUAAACUCAGAUUCCAGUAUUCUUCAAGGGACAAAGCUGAAUCUUACUAUACUUGACACUAAUUGCAGUGGAUUUAUUGGAACCAUGGAAGCUUUGCAGCUGGUGGAAAAUGAUGUGGUUGCAGCAAUUGGCCCUCAAUCAUCUGGAAUAGCUCAUGUCAUCUCUCAUGUUGUUAAUGAACUUCAUGUACCGCUUUUAUCGUUUGGAGCAACAGACCCGACGCUUUCUGCACUUCAGUAUCCAUAUUUCCUCCGCACUACACAAAGUGACUAUUUCCAGAUGCUUGCAAUCGCCGAUCUGGUUGCAUAUUUUGGAUGGAGGGAGGUAAUUGCCAUCUUUGUAGAUGAUGAUUAUGGGAGAAAUGGCAUAUCUGCAUUGGGUGAUGCCCUGGCAAAGAAGCGCUGUAAGAUCUCUUACAAGGCUGCCUUCACCCCUGGAGCACCCAAGAGUGCAAUCAAUGACUUGUUAGUUGGAGUAAACCUGAUGGAAUCCCGGGUGUAUGUUGUCCAUGUAAAUCCUGAUUCUGGUUUGCAAAUUUUUGCUGUUGCCCACAGUCUUGGGAUGAUGAGCAAGGGCUAUGUUUGGAUUGCUACAGAUUGGCUUCCUUCUCUUUUAGAUUCAGUAGAUCCACUUGAUAUUGACACAAUGAAUCUCUUACAAGGGGUUGUUGCUCUUCGCCAUUACACUCCAGAUACUGAUAUGAAGAAAAGGUUUUUGUCAAAGUGGAACGGCCUAAAGAAUAAGGAUACUAGGGGACCUGCUGGGUUCAAUUCUUAUGCUCUCUAUGCUUAUGAUUCAGUAUGGUUAGCUGCCCGAGCUCUAGAUGCUUUUUUCAAUGAAGGUGGAAAUGCAUCUUUCUCUGAUGACCCAAAGUUGCAUGACAGAAAUGGAAGCUCAUUGCACUUGUCAUUACUCCGUGUUUUCGAUGGAGGUCAACAGUAUCUCCAGACACUUCUUAGGAUGAACUUCACAGGUCUCAGUGGUCAAAUCCAGUUUGAUCAGGAUAAGAAUUUAGCUCAUCCAGCAUAUGAUGUUAUUAAUAUUGGUGGGACAGGAUCCCGCAGGAUUGGCUAUUGGUCAAAUCAUUCUGGUCUUUCAAUUGUUCCUCCAGAGACCUUAUAUGGGAAGCCUUCCAAUACUUCUACCAGCAACCAACAUCUUUACACCACAAUAUGGCCAGGUGAAAAUCCAGACAUUCCUAGAGGAUGGGUAUUUCCCAACAACGGGAAGCCACUGCGUAUAGCAGUACCCAAUCGAGCAAGUUAUAAAGAAUUUGUGGCUAAGGACAAAAACCCUCCAGGGGUUAGAGGAUAUUGUAUUGAUGUGUUUGAAGCUGCCAUAAACUUGCUGCCAUAUCCUGUCCCACGCACAUAUAUGCUAUAUGGAGAUGGAAAGAGAAACCCUGUAUACAAUGAACUUGUCAAUGCAGUUUCUCAAAAUGAUUAUGAUGCAGCUGUGGGAGAUGUUACAAUAGUUACAAAUAGAACAAGAAUUGUGGAUUUUACACAGCCCUACAUGGAAUCAGGACUUGUUGUAGUUGCUGCUGUCAAGGAAGAAAAGUCUAGCCCUUGGGCAUUCCUCAAGCCAUUUACUGUGCAAAUGUGGUGUGUCACUGGUGCCUUCUUUCUUUUUGUGGGUGCUGUUGUCUGGAUUCUUGAGCACCGGAUUAAUCAUGAAUUUCGUGGUCCACCAAGCCAACAGCUUAUCACAAUAUUCUGGUUUAGUUUCUCAACAAUGUUCUUCUCCCACAGAGAGAACACUGCAAGCACACUGGGACGUAUGGUACUGAUCAUAUGGCUAUUUGUUGUGUUGAUUAUCAAUUCAAGCUAUACAGCCAGUUUGACAUCAAUCCUCACAGUUCAGCAGUUAACAUCACGGAUUGAAGGGAUUGACAGUUUGAUCUCAAGUACUGAACCAAUUGGAGUUCAAGAUGGGUCAUUUACAUGGAACUACUUGGUUGAAGAGCUCAACAUAGCAGAAUCAAGGCUUGUAAAAUUGAAAAACCAAGAUGAAUAUUUUUCCGCCCUUAAACGUGGACCAACAGCUGGUGGGGUGGCUGCCAUUGUUGAUGAACUUCCUUACAUUGAGCUCUUCUUGUCCAACACCGACUGUGCAUUCAGGACAGUGGGACAGGAAUUCACAAAAAGCGGAUGGGGAUUUGCAUUUCAGAAGGACUCCCCUCUUGCAGUCGACUUGUCCACUGCCAUCCUUCAACUCUCUGAAAAUGGUGAUCUCCAAAAAAUUCAUAACAAAUGGCUGACACAUGCAGAGUGCUCUAUGCAAAUCAAUGAAGUUGAUGAAAACCGACUCUCCUUGAGCAGCUUCUGGGGUUUGUUCUUGAUAUGUGGCUUUGCUUGCUUCAUUGCUCUUACUAUAUUCUUCUUUAGGGUACUUUGUCAGUACCGUAAAUUUGCUCAGGACGAUGGUGAAGUUAGGGAGGUGGAGGAGAUUCAGCGGGCAAGACCUAGACGCUCGCUGUGCUCCUUCAAAGAUCUCAUUGAUUUUGCUGAUAGGAAAGAAGAAGAGAUUAAGGAGAUGCUUAGGCGAAAGGGUAGUGAUAGCAAGAGACAAGCUAGCCCCAGCACAGAAGAGACAAGCUAGCCCCAGCACAGAGGAACGUUCACCUGCAUAGAAGAAGAAGAUUUUCAAUUUUCUUUUUUUUCAUUGUUGAAUUCAGAAACCAUGAAAUCAAACACCAUUCUCAUAUCUUGUGAUGUAGAAAAAAUAGGGAGCAAGAAUGAUGUUAAAAAGCGAAAAGAUAUGUUAGUUGUAGUGCAUUUUGUAUCAUAAAAGCAUGUUUUGUAUACCUCUAUAAAAGCAAAAAUUUGCCCUUUUUCUCA